CGUGAAUUAAUUUAUGUAAUUGAUCAUAUUCGUAUUCUAUUGUUUUAAGUUAGAUCUCUACUACGUAUUAUUUAGAAACAACAUACGAAGUAUAUGAUGACACGUUCUGCACUGCUUGAGCGUCGAUGGCUGCUUCUUGCGGCGGUGGUUCUACUCUCCCCGCCGCCGCUUAUGGCGUCUCGUCGUGUCAUACAGCGGCCUGUAACGGUCAACUCCGAUGUCCCGCCUUCAUUCCCGGCCGGCUUCCUUUUAGGCACGGCUUCCUCUUCUUAUCAGUUUGAAGGAGGGUACAUGGAUAAUGGUAAAGGCCUCAGUAACUGGGAUGUUUUCACCCACAAAUCAGCCAAUGAUAUACUAGAUGGAAGCAAUGGAGAUGUUGCAGACGAUCAAUACCACCGAUUUCAGGAAGACAUAGAUCUCAUGGCUUCUCUUGGAGUGAACAGUUACAAAUUCUCAAUUUCAUGGACUCGAAUAUUACCACAUGGAAGAUAUGGAAACAUAAACACUGACGGGAUCAAUUACUAUAACAGCCUCAUUGAUGCCCUGCUUCUAAAAGGAAUUCAACCGUUUGUGCUGUUGAAUCAUUUUGAUAUCCCUCAAGAACUUGAGAUCAGAUAUCAAGCAUGGUUAAGUCCAAAACUAAAGGAAGACUUCGGUUAUUUUGCAGAUAUUUGUUUCAAAAGUUUUGGAGAUAGGGUGAAAUAUUGGGUAACCUUUAAUGAACCAAACAUGUUCAUCCCUUUAGCAUACCGAUCAGGAGUUUACCCUCCAAACCGUUGUUCAAAACCAUAUGGGAAUUGCUCUAAUGGAAAUUCAGAAAAAGAACCUUUCCUGGCAGGGCACAAUAUUAUUUUAGCUCAUGCAACCGCUGUCAAUAUCUACAGAACCAAAUAUCAGGAAGAACAAGGUGGUCAAAUAGGUUUUUCUGUGCAUACGUUCUGGUAUGAACCAAUGAGCAAUUCCACAGAAGACAAGUUAGCCGCAGAAAGAGGCCAAUCCUUCUUUUCAAACUGGUUCCUUGAUCCAAUCAUAAAUGGUAGAUAUCCCAAGGAGAUGAAAGACAUCUUGGGAUCACUUUUACCAGAAUUCUCAACACAAGAGUUGGAACUACUGAAAACAGGACUAGAUUUCAUUGCGAUCAACCAUUACACUAGUUUCUAUGUGAAAGACUGCAUCCAUUCUAAUUGUGGGCCUGUAGAGGGUAAUAGUAGAGUAGACGGUUUCCUUGUGAAAAGUUCAUUCAAGGAUGGUGUCCCAAUUGGAGAAGCAUCAGGGAUGGACAUCCUCUAUGUUUAUCCGUCGGGAAUGGAGAAAACGGUAACAUACUUGAAAGACCGAUACAAUAAUACACCGCUUUAUGUAGCAGAAAAUGGUUAUAGUGAGAGAUUCGACUCACAAACAAACAUUAAAGAAUCAUUACAUGAUAUUAAGCGUGUGGAGUUCAUGGCCGACUAUAUAGAUGCCCUUUCAACUGCUAUGAGGAAAGGAGCAGAUGUGAGAGGGUAUUUUGUUUGGUCCUUGCUUGACAACUUUGAGUGGUUGUAUGGUUACACCCUAAAGUUUGGGCUUUAUUAUGUGGAUCGCAUGACAUUAGAGAGAGUGCCAAGAUUAUCAGCAAAUUGGUACAAGCAGCUUAUUGCAAAACAAAAGAGGGCAAAAACCCCAACAUAUGAGUAUUAGAGAAACAAAGAUGCUCACAUCAAGGGUAUAUAUUAAAGUCUUGUUGUACGGAAAAACACUUAUGGCUUCAUAUGUUCAUUGUUGUAUAAAAGUUCUGGUAGAUUUGUGCUAUUCUACCCAUUAAAUUGAAAUUAGUAUAUAAAGAUUUAUGUGUCUGUAAAUAUCACUUGUCAAGGAAGUAAGUUGUAAAAGCACAUUAUUACGUGACUUUAGAUAUUAAGAAAGCUUUAAAUUAAUUGUAAUGUUUGUAUAAGAUU